UUUACGGGAGGUCGUCGCGGUGUUGGGUACGUUUGGUGCGCGGGAUCCGACUGCCUCAGACUCUUCACAGGACCACACAAUCGGUACGAAUCAUACGUAAAUAUAUCGUAAUUGAAAACCGAUGCGGUCGUCUAGCCGACUGUCAAAUCAGUGACACGUCCGGUCCGUUUGGUGUUUUGUUGUGGUGACAGUUCAAGUCCAAUCGGCCCCCGAGCCCCUGGACGGGAGAAAGACGCCCAAAACAAUCCGAAGACUGCCAAAAAAGCUUUAAUCCAAUUCGCCAAAUGGCAUCGAUCAAAUAGCCAGCUCGGAACAAACCAAAAAAUCCAAAAAAGAUAAAAAAAAAAUGGGUUCAAAAUCCCGAAAACCCGACGACACGUCGAGACGCGACGCGAACAUAUGGAGCGUGCUGAUCACCGUCGCGGUCCUCGUUGUCACGUUCGCGAUCAGCGAUGCGGACGGCAACUUCGCGAACAGCAUCCACAAGAUCACCGAGAACUUGGACAAGGCCCUGGUUGAUAUACUGGGGGAUGGCGACAUCACAUACACCGACAUCAACGACCGCAUCCCCUACGUGAACUACACCAGGGUGGAGUUCGAUGCGGUCGGGAUGACCGGCUUCUACAAUGUGACCCAGUUCGUGAUUGAUCUUGUGGUCAGCGAAGUUGAUUUGUCUGAACUACAUGUGAACUCCACGUCCAUCGACCCGGAAAAAUACAAAAUGGAGAACAUCAUCGAGACGCUGAAAAACACCAAGGGCCUACUUGAACUGUUGAAGAGCACCGCCGGCCUGGUCGUGCUGCUGGUCGUGCUCGCCCUAAUGGCCGUCCUCUUUCCACUCUGCGGCUUGUGUUUCUGUUGCUGUCGCGGCUGUUGCGGCAGAUGCGGCGGCCGCAAACAAAUCGCUGAUAAGAAGGGCGACCUGUGCAAGAAAAUCAUGCACGGCACUCUGUUGAUCGCACUCGGAACGUCACUGCUAUUUUGCGUUGUUUGCGCCUUUGGAUCCAACCAACAGUUCUACGAUGGACUACAGGAGUUCCCCAGCAACAUGAAGAAGAGUGUGAAGGAUACCAGCAGGUUCUUCAAUAAUACGAAGACUCAAAUGACCACGUUGCUCAGUACCAAUUUCAAAGAGUUCAAUCACAGCCUUGUAAACAUUAUGGAGAAGAGUAGCUCAGCGGUUGUGAACGAACUAAUGGAAUUCUCAAAUGCCACUUCCAUGACAAGUCUGGCAACAUUUGUAAAUGACAUACCAAAGAUUAGAGAUGAUAUGGAUUUGUUAAGACAGUCCACCAAUGAUCUAAGAGUUCGGGCAAAUAAUCUCAAUGAUGCCAUGAGGAAGCUAAAACAUGAUCUACUUAUCACCUUGAAUGAAUGUAAACUACAGGAGUGUUCGGACUUUAAAAGACAAGUCGGAAAUUUACAAACUAACAUCGACUUCGAUAAGUACGUAGACAGAUACUUUCCCAGGCUCCCGGACAUAUCGGAUGAAAUAGCUGCGUUUAAAGAAUUUAAAAUUGAGGAACUGCAAGCUGCCGCCCGCAGUGGCAUGGACAAGUUGGAUAAGGUCAAGUCCACGAUUCACAACGAGUUCCAGAAAAACAUCAACGAGGCACAGAAGCAUUUAGUCAACGCAGGCCGUACCAUCGACAAAAAUCUGAAACGCGUUACCGAAAUGAUCGAUGACGUGAAUAACCAGCUACAGAACAACGCCAAUCCGAACAUCAACACCGCCGAGUUUUACAUAAAACGUUACGGCGUCUACGUCCAUUAUACCGGAACCGGCAUAGCUUGUUGCCUGUUGGCCGUCUCAUUUUUCAUUUGCUUGGGAUUGAUGUGGGGUAUAUGCGGCAAGAGACCGGACGGUUUCAACGACAACUGCUGCAACAAAGGCGCAGGCAGCAAAAUGCUUAUAUGCGGAGUCUCAGUAAUGUUCAUAACGGGUUUCGUGUUUGCUGUGGUCGCAAUUGUCCUGUGCAUUAUCGGCGUGGGCUCCCAGAAGUUGGUGUGUCAACCUUUGAGGCAACCGGAACAGUCUAAGGUCAUAACGUUUCUGAACAAAAGCGUCAAUUUGAAAAGACACGGGGGACCCGAAAGUGUUUUACAUUUGUAUGAGAGUUGCAAGAGGAACGAAACCGUUUAUAAAGUCUUGAAUCUGGAACAGAAAUUCGGUUUGCGUGAUAUAAUCGCCAAAUUCGAUAUUAAUCAGACUUUGGAUGGUUUGAACUUCGACAGGUCCGUGCCGGAUAAUUUCUAUAUUUUAGAUCACAGGAGCAGAGAAGUGCUACGCAAAUUGGCCAAGUCCAGCGCAGAGUUUAAUUUUGAUAAGUUCGAGUCUGAGCUGGAGAACAAUAAUUACACUACAAUUAGUUUGGAAGAUGUGAAGAAGCAACUUAAGGCUGUGAUUGAAAAGGCUCCAGAAAGUUUGAAGUCUGAUUUAAAUUUAAGUCUUCUUCAUUUAGAUUCGUAUGACGAAAAAAUUCUACAACCAAUGAUCAAAACUGCCACUCAAGCAAAGGAAAUUGCCAAUAGUUUAGGAACUUCGAUUAACAUGGGAAAAGCUAGUCUGGCUGAUGCAAUAAAUGAUCUAAUUGAUGAGAUCACCAAAGCUGAGGGAACAAUUAAGAACGAAGGAAAGGCUCACCUUAUCGAAACCGCCAAAAAGUUCAUAUCUUCCGUUAAAGCUCUAGUAAACGGUUACGUAAAUCGUGUAACUGGUUCCAUUGAAAGAGACGUGGGCAAAUGUGAGCACCUUUACAGGGUUUACGACUUUAGUUUGGUGUCAACCUGUGAUAAAGUUGUACUACCUUUGAAUGGAUACUGGCUGAAUCUCUUCUUUACCUUGAUACUCUAUAUUCCAACAAUCAUCAUUUGUGUCAGAUUGGCAACAAUUUAUCAGAAACGCAGGUCCAACGGUUUGUACGUCGAAGCUGAGUACUUGUAUGAUGCCUAUUCUGACCGGGAUAACAUUCCUUUAAACAGCAGACACAAGAGACAUAAGAAGAAUACAAAGAAGAAGGCCAAAAGGUACGAGGAUAGACCACAGAACGUUGGCGGCGAAGUAGUUGCCAGAGAGUAUGCCACUGGAUCUCAUCAAGAUACAAGAUAUUCUGACAUGGCUCCGAAGCAUUGGGAGGAAUUUCCCGCAGGAGGACCGCCCCAAUAUCAGAGAGCCCCAACUGAGUAUGAAAGACCUCCGCCAUAUUAUUACCCCGGUGCGUCCGGGGAAAACUAGACGAAUCAGACUGAGUUGAGAUUUCAAAAAUGGCUCGUUCGAACAGACUGAUUAGCAUGCUUUCUCGUUAAGGAGCCGGGUCGGAUGAUCAUUAUGGAAUCUCUUUGCACGUUCCCACAUGCGGAACACAUUCAACAUUCACAACAUAUUUGAAAGUAUUAGAGUUCUGCUUAAUUUACAGGUUUGCGUCAACUAAUAAGGAUAGUAGAAGGAAUGAAAUUAGCAAUGUUGAAUAAUUGAACUUUGAACUAAGCAGAUCUUUAAUUUUUUAGAGGUUUAAUGUGUCCGUGUCUGUAUACUCAAUUAAUGUUUUUCAUGAACAGGACUGUGGUUUGCCAUUCUAAUUGAGUUCAUAUUUUCUUGUGAUAUAUAUUUAUAAAUAAAUAAGCUGCCGUUGCAAUAUGUUCAUUUAUGGAUCAACAAAGUCUAUGAGAAACGUUUUGCCUAGUGUCUAGUUUACUAUUUAAAAUAAACGCGUUUAAUAUUUCAUAUUGUAGUCGCCGUAAUCUCGGCAUUAUGCAAAAUGUAAUUUAUCACCUGGUAGUUAAUUUAAGAUAUUUUUACUUUUAUUUAGUCCAAAAAAUUGGAAUGCAGAUGUGCUCAAAAGAACCGAACAAAUUAUUUUUGUACAGUAGGUCCUCAAAAUAUGUUCAACGUGGUUUUAUAUAUUUUUGACCAUAAUGCUCUUGUGCAUCGUACGUCGUUGCUUGUAAAAUAUUUGCGCGUACGAUGCGGUCCCUCUUUUGCAAAUAUUUUUUGUAAAUAAAUAUUUUCUUAUUGAAAUGUAUAAUACAAUCAAACAGUUAUUGUGUAGGGAGGAGAUAGAACUCGUAUGUGGCUCAAUAUGUUAAACUUUAAUGUACACUUAGAUUAAGAGCACAAAAGUGUUUUGACAUUGUUUCUUCCAUUUAUUUUUUGGGGAUUUUCUGUGUUUUAAAAAAAUUUGUGCUCAAUUUUUAAACAGUAAAUUGUAGCCAAGUUUUACCCUAUUUCCUACUUGAAUGUACAUGUAUUUAUUAUUAUAUAUAAAAUGAGCAUGUUAAUAUGAUAAUUCCAAUGUUUAUAAUAAACUUUGAUCAAAUUUA